CGCCGUUCUCCCUUUUGCUCGCCGACUGCUCUCUCUCUCUCUCUCUCUCUCUCUCACCAAAUCGAGGAGUAGAAAAAACAAAAUCUCUGCCCUCGUGCGGAAUCCAUGAUGGCUGAGAAGUACACCAUUAUUUUGAUGCAGACGUCUCAAAGUAGGGCGAGCAGGACGUUUCUGGAUUUUAAUUCGAUUAGUCAAGCUAUGGAUGAAAUCUGCAGGAUUUAUGAAAGGAAAGUCAUGGAUAUUAACCCAACGAUCCAGAACAUCAGCUACGACAUUGCUGAUCUCUAUAACUUCAUCGAUGGUACAGUGGAUAUAAGUGCACUCGUAUACGAUCGCUCAAUUCAGGCCUUUCUGCCGUACGACCGACAGUGGAUAAAACAAAAGAUGUUUCAACAUCUGCAGAAACGCGCCCGACAGUGAAAUAAAGCAAUCACUGGAUUUUGCUCAUACAAGUCAAACAAACUGCCCGUGUUCUGUACAAGAAAUGCCUUUUACAUGGGCUUUUUGAAGUUAAAAGUUCUUUUGAUUGGGAUUAGGGGAAAAAGUAAUAAUAAAACAGGAUUUUGCAUGUUAUGUAAACACAUUUCGGGAAUUUUUUAUCAGUUUUUGAUAGCAAAGGAACAAUAGAAACGUUUCAACUCGUUUUAGUGCAUUGUUAUGAGAAUUUUGUGUUUGUUUAAUUUCUAUAUUUUGUUUCGUGGUAAUCAAAGCUUUGGCUAAUAUGCAGCGUCUUAAAA